GCACCAGGGCCGGGCGUCGGGGCCACACGUCCGUCCGCCGGUCGUCCGGGCUGUGCGCGCCAUGGAGCCGCGGUGCCCGCCGCCCUGCGGCUGCUGCGAGCGGCUGGUACUCAAUGUGGCCGGGUUGCGCUUCGAGACCCGCGCGCGCACGCUCGGCCGCUUCCCGGACACGCUGCUGGGGGACCCGGUGCGCCGCAGCCGCUUCUACGACGGCGCGCGCCGCGAAUAUUUCUUCGACCGACACCGGCCCAGCUUCGACGCGGUGCUCUACUACUACCAAUCGGGCGGGAGGCUGAGACGGCCGGCACACGUGCCGCUCGACGUCUUCCUGGAGGAGGUGUCCUUCUACGGGUUGGGAGCCGCGGCGCUGGCACGGCUGCGCGAGGACGAAGGCUGCGCGGUGCCCCCCGAGCGGCCGCUGCCGCGCCACGCCUUUGCGCGCCAGCUCUGGCUGCUCUUUGAGUUCCCCGAGAGCUCGCAGGCUGCGCGGGUGCUCGCCGUGGUCUCCGUGCUCGUCAUCCUGGUCUCCAUCGUGGUCUUUUGCCUCGAGACGCUGCCAGACUUCCGCGACGACCGCGAUGACCCGGGACUCGCGCCGGUGGCGGCUGCCACUGGCCCGUUCCUCUCUCGGCUGAAUGGCUCCAGUCCCAUGCCAGGAGCUCCUUCCCGCCUGCCCUUCAAUGAUCCCUUCUUUGUGGUGGAGACCCUGUGUAUCUGCUGGUUCUCCUUUGAGCUGCUGGUGCGUCUGGUGGCCUGCCCAAGCAAAGCCAUAUUUUUCAAGAAUGUGAUGAACCUUAUUGACUUCGUGGCCAUCCUGCCUUACUUUGUGGCCCUGGGCACCGAGCUAGCCCGGCAGCGCGGUGUGGGUCAGCCAGCUAUGUCGCUGGCCAUCCUAAGGGUCAUCCGACUGGUGCGCGUUUUCCGUAUCUUCAAGCUGUCAAGGCAUUCAAAGGGCCUACAGAUCUUGGGUCAGACGCUGCGGGCCUCUAUGCGUGAGCUAGGUCUCCUCAUCUUCUUCCUCUUCAUUGGUGUGGUCCUCUUUUCCAGUGCAGUCUACUUUGCAGAAGUAGACCGGGUGGACACCCAUUUUACCAGCAUCCCGGAGUCCUUCUGGUGGGCAGUGGUCACCAUGACCACAGUUGGCUACGGAGACAUGGCGCCUGUCACUGUGGGUGGCAAGAUCGUGGGCUCUCUGUGUGCCAUUGCGGGUGUGCUCACCAUCUCUCUGCCUGUGCCGGUCAUUGUUUCCAACUUCAGCUACUUUUACCACCGGGAGACAGAGGGCGAAGAGGCAGGAAUGUACAGCCACGUGGACACACAGCCCUGCGUCACACUGGAGGGCAAGGCUAAUGGGGGGCUGGUGGACGCUGAGGUGCCUGAACUCCUACCACCGCUCUGGCCCCCCGCUGGGAAACACAUGGUGACCGAGGUGUGA